AUGGUGGCACUACGAGCAUACAAGCGAGCAAGACGACAGGGAGGCCCACUACCAAAGAGAACGGGCUCAGGCAAGGGUGGCGCGGAUGUUGCCGUUACCGUAACCGAGACGCGAGGUGCAUGCCACGAUAGGUUCGGUAGCGUCGCGUCGUCGCCUCCCAGGGGUGGUGGUGACGAUGUCGCGUGGCCGAACGUAAAGCUGGGCAACCUGCAGGAGCACUACGCUGCGCGAUCUGCGCGAGAGAGGGACUUGCUGGAGACUGAGGCGGCGGUUACAGCAGUUCUAGCCAGCGGCUUUGGUAGCGGCACAGAUUUGGACGCAGACAGCCUUGGAAGCAGCGGUAGCGGACGGGGCGCAACCCGAACAAGCACUGAGGCGUGUGAACUGGUUGCUGCGGAACUAGCCACAACUCUGGUCAAGGUCAGCACCAACGCCUUCACCGUUUCAUCGCUCCGGUGCUCAGACCCACCGGCCGGUCACAACGUGCGACCCUUGAAACACGCAACGGUAGCAGUGGGGCUUUACUUGGUUGCAUCGAUGAUGAACCACUCUUGCCGUCCGAACGCCCUGGCAAGUUUUCAUGGGGGAGAGAUGAGAGUGGUGGCCACCCGUGCGAUCGAGCGGGGAGAACCUGUUACCAUUUCCUACGGGCCGUUGGCGUCAAAGAUAUCGUCCGCUUCCGAGCGUCAGGCAUACUUGAGCCGGGCCUACUUUUUUCGGUGCGAAUGCAUAGCCUGCCACCCUCCCCCAGAAGAAACUGCCACCACCCCGUCCGGUCGCUCACGCGGCAGCGAGGGCGGCGACGAACGGCAACUCACCGAUCGAGAGAAAGAGGGAAGAGCCACCGAGGCGACGUUUUCGAAACGGACCGAUUUCGCUUGUACUGAAGCAGAGAGCGGUGCCUGUCCCGGCACGCUCCGUGUGGGAGUAUCUCCUCCUCCACCUCCUCCUUUUGCACCACCCACGCCCCCGUCGACGACCCAGGGUUGCCUCAUCUCCGGUGCUGAAAGCUCCAAUGUUCCAAGCCCCUGUUUCAAUCGUGUCCAAGCGGUAGCUUCGCUGUCGUCGACGUCGCCGAGCCCCAGGAGAAUGGAGGUGGUGGUGUUGUGGUGUGACCGUUGCGGGAGCCGCGUUCCGCCUGAUCUGGCGGACGCGCUGCUGAAGGAGGACAAGGAGGACCGCCGGCUGUGGGAGGAGGCAAAGGCGGCGAUGUCAAGCUCCGAGAAGGAAGCUGGACGUUGUGGAGGUGGCGACGACGGGGAACUGAAAAGCAUGCCGCCGCCAAGGCGAUCCCGUCCAAACACUGGGGAGCGGUCGUGCAAAUCCUCAACAACGGAGGAUGGCUCGGUAAAUGCGGCCCCUUUUCCGGGGUCUUCUGCCUCGUCCGAUACGUUGAGCCUUGUCGUGGAACGCAUCCGAUGGCGCGACCGCUACCUGACUACCACAUCGAUGCGGAGAGCCGUCGCACACGACAUGCACGCGCGCGUGCUCGCGAGCCGCGAAGACUUUCCCGGCGCCGCCGAUGCUUGCGCAAGAGCGGUGAGCGUGUUGAAGCGGAGGUUCAGCCCCGAGGACCAGGAGCUGGGCAUCGAGUUUCUCAAGCUUGCGGAGCUGUGCUUCAAUGCAGGCUGGACGGACAAAUGUACCGCAGCUUGUGUGAAGGCUAGGGAGUCGCUCGGGGUUUGUCUGCAACCGGGCGAUGAGCAGCUGGAAGCGUUAAACACCCUGCAGGCUUUGUGCGCGGCGGUCUACCAUCGUUGA